ACGAUCACGGCGCAAGCCCGAAAGUGUCGCUAGUGAGCCGCUCUGUGUGGCCGCAGGAGUUUUGUACAUGAGAAUCCCGUCAUUUCCCGUGUCAAACGCCAGUGUCCAUACUUGUUCCCGUCGCGUUUCUAACGGACUCGUAGAAAAAAUGGCGACGGAGGAGAUUGACCGUGCUAAGAUUGAAGCUAUGCUGCGUACCCUGAAACUGUCAGGGCAUGUGGGAUUUGACAACUUACCCAGUCAGUUAGUGAACAAAUCAGUACAAAAUGGAUUUGUAUUCAACAUUCUUAAUAUUGGUGAAACUGGUCUUGGAAAAUCUACACUUAUGGAUUCACUCUUUAACACAAGCUUUGAGUCUAGUCCCAGUCCGCAUAAUUUGCCUUCUGUAAAACUUAAAGCACACACUUACGAACUGCAAGAGAGUAAUGUCAGACUGAAGUUAACUAUCGUUGACACAGUUGGUUAUGGCGAUCAGAUCAACAAGGAAGACAGUUUUAAGGCAGUUGUCGAUUACAUAGAUGCGCAGUUUGAAGCUUAUCUGCAGGAGGAAUUGAAAAUCAAGCGCAAUCUUGCAACUUAUCACGACAGUCGCAUCCAUGUUUGCCUUUAUUACAUAUGUCCUACCGGCCAUGGUUUGAAGUCCAUUGAUUUAGUGUGCAUGAAGAAACUAGAUACCAAAGUUAAUAUCAUUCCAAUUAUUGCUAAAGCUGAUACAAUAUCAAAGACUGAAUUACAAAAAUUUAAGAGCAAAAUCAUAUCGGAAUUGCAAAACAAUGGCAUACAUAUUUAUCAGUUUCCAACUGACGAUGAGAACGUGGCUAACGUAAACGCUUCUAUGAACGCUCAUAUACCCUUCGCCGUCGUUGGCAGCACCGACUUUGUUCGUGUAGGUAACAAGACGAUGCGUUCUCGUCAGUAUCCCUGGGGUACGGUUCAAGUCGAAAACGAAUCUCACUGCGAUUUUGUGAAACUACGUGAAAUGCUCAUAAGCACUAACAUGGAAGACAUGCGCGAAAAAACUCACUGUCGUCAUUAUGAACUUUAUCGAAAGAAGAGAUUGGAACAGAUGGGCUUCAGCGAUGUCGACAGUGAUAACAAACCUGUGAGUUUUCAACAGACUUGUGAGGCCAAAAGAUCCAUUCAUUUGCAGGAAUUGCAGCAGAAAGAAGACGAAAUGCGACAGAUGUUCGUCGCCCGAGUGAAAGAAAAAGAAGCUGAAUUGAAAGAGGCAGAGAAAGAGCUUCACAGUAAAUUCGAUAAGCUGAAAAAAGAUCAUACAGAAGAGAAGAAAAAAUUGGAAGAGAAUCGAAAGAAACUUGAGGAUGAUAUACAGGAGUUUGCUAAACGAAAACAACAAUUCACACAACAACCGCAACAUCAUACACUAACGUUAGGUAAAAGCAAGAAGAAGUAAAGAUUACUUCAUGAUCAAGAAACGUCUUGUUACACCAUUCGAAUAUGAUCGCUUGUUCCACUUGCAUUCUCUAAUGCAAUUGUGACGUAUUCGAAUAGUAUAAGAAGAUUCUGUACAUGUAUCUUGAUUAUAUGAUUUUUGUAUUAUUAUAGUAUUAUAUUUUAUUAUAUAACAAUUCAAUUCUUAUAUAUACCAAAAAUGUUCACAUGAAAGCAUGUGCUUUGAGUCAGCAUAUGAUUUAACUUAUAUACGACUCCAAUGAGAAAAACAAAAAACAAAAAAAAAAUAUUUAACGAAACAUUUAUUUCUACAUUGAUUUUUAAUGUAUUCGACUUUAUAUGAG